AUGGCAAUAUUCUAUAACAAUGUUUUGGCAGCUUUACCGCUCGAAUGUGAUCCCGGCUUCCUCGAUGAUCUUCCACCGAGGAUCCGCAAGAUCUGCGCCGCACUUUCGAAGGCAUAUGAACUCAGUUCGGGCGUGGGAAGUUAUACCAAUGACAAGGGAAGUCAUAUACCAGGUGUUUUAGGUAAAUUUCUUACAUUUUUCUCAAUUUUCGCUGCCACUUCGCUGGUUUAUAAUUUUUUAAAUAUGAUAUAUUAUUUUAUCAUUACUAUUAAUGAAUAUUAUUAUUAAUAUAGACAUAUAUGUUGUUAUAAAUCAGGAUGUUUCGUUUUAA